CUUCUUGAUGGUGAAAUGGUCUGUUUCCUUUCAUCCUAUGGCUCUAGGAAGACCGUUCAGAAAGGAAGACUUAUGGAUUUCACAAGCACGGUCAUCAUCCCGCUGCUUUUUGGCAGCUUGGGGAUCUUUGCCGUCUUUCGGCUGCUGCAGUGGAUGCGGAUGCGAGCUUACCUCCAGGAAGCUGUGGUCGUGGUCACAGGGGCUACCUCUGGCCUGGGAAAAGAAUGUGCAAAAGCCUUCCAUGCAGCUGGCUCCAAGCUGGUGCUCUGCGGCAGAGACAGCGAGAAGCUCAAAGACCUGGUGCAGGAGCUUUCUACCAUGACCAAUCACCGAAAGAACACACACAAACCUCACACUGUGGUGUUUGACCUCUCGGAUACUAAAACUGUCCUAAACGCUGCUGAAGAGAUCCUGAAGUACUUGGGUCACGUGGACAUCCUCAUCAACAACGCAGGCAUCAGUUUCCGAGGCACAAUCGUGGACACAGGACUGGAUGUGGACAAGAAAGUGAUGGAAACAAAUUACUUUGGUCCUAUAGCCCUCACCAAAGCACUUCUCCCCUCCAUGAUCAAGAGGAGACAAGGCCACAUUGUGGCCAUCAGCAGCGUUCAAGGCAAAAUAAGCAUUCCUUUCAGAUCUGCAUAUGCUGCCUCUAAGCACGCUACCCAGGCCUUCUUCGAUUGUCUACGAGCAGAGGUGGAGCAGUAUGACAUUGAUGUGACAGUUGUAAGCCCUGGAUACAUUCAGACCAACCUCUCUCUCAAUGCUGUAACAGCAGAUGGAUCUCGCUAUGGAGUUAUGGACAAGAACACCGCCGAAGGACAGACAGCCGCAGAGGUCGCUCAGGUGGUUCUCAACGCGGUGGGACAGAAGAAGAAGGAAGUCCUUGUAGCUGGCCUGACACCCUCGCUGGCUGUCUACCUGCGAAACAUCUUCCCCAGGCUCUUCUUCACCUUAAUGGCAACUAGAGCAAAAAAGGAGAGAAAAGCAAAGGACUCUUAGAGCUCAGCUCAUCCGAGCAGUAACUGUAGGGAGAGGCUGACCCCCUGCAGUUUGGCUGGGACAUCAGCGGAGGUGCUCCUGCAGGAAAAAAAAACAAAACCUUUCUCAAAAUGCUGCAGUUGACCAUUGCAUGGGGAGUGGGAAGUGGUUUCUCCCACAUCAAGGCAGGUCCACUAGCUGGAAGACAGCACCUAAACCUCCCCUGGAGAAGGGUGCUUGGACAAAAGGAGAGCUGAGGCUGCACGGGAGGGUAACUCAAGGGAACACACUUUGCAGCAGGGGAGGCCCAUGUGCUGGAAGACAGCACCUCACCUCACUCCAGGUACACUCAGCUUUAAUGCCCUGCUACAAAUAAAACCCACCUGGUUUGCCUUCACACAAGCAGAUCUCAGCUUUCCCCACCCCACGGCCCCUGUGAAACACAGUCCUCAGCUGGGAGCUCUCGUGAUCACUGUCUCCUUCCCACUCCUUCCAAGCUGAUCCAGAACGUGUUGCUUGAAAUGGGAAACUUCACAGACCCUCUGCUUGUUAACGCGCCAAAUCGUCGGAGAUGUUAAUACAAAGUUGAGUGCCACUUUUAAAGAAGUAACUGAUGUAAAAUAUAAGUCUUAUUUGCCAAUUA